AUGUUGGCUGAGAUUCCUGCAAUCGCGGCACUGUCGAGGACGACAAAACGAAUGUUGGGUACUUUCUCAAGGCCUCCACGGGUUGCUGUUGUUGGUGCUGGUCCGGCUGGUCUGUAUGCUUGUGCCGGUGUGCUUCGUCGAUUACCGGAAUGUUGCAUGGAUAUUUACGAAAGUAGCAUGGUACCAUAUGGAUUAGUACGAUAUGGAAUUGCACCGGAUCAUCCAGAAAUGAAAAAUUGCAUCAAUCAUUUCCAAAAAAUGUUCAAUGAAAACCAAGAUAGGUUGAAACUGUACUGCAAUGUUGCCGUUGGAAGCGAUAUCAGAUUUGAUGAGCUUUGCGUCGAUUAUGAUGCCGUAAUAUUGGCGUACGGUGCUCGACGUCAACGACGCCUCAAAAUUCCUGGAUGUGAAGCAAAAAAUGUGUUCUCGGGUGGCGAUUUCGUUUUUUGGUAUAAUGGAAUGCCGGGUAUCAAAAAGACGCCGCUUUUGGAUCACGCACAAGCGGUGAUAAAUUAA